UAUUCGUGUUUGUAAUUAAAUUUUAAAUUUUAGUUUUACUCAUAUUUUUAUGAAAAUUGUUACUACAAAUAUACUACACAUUGAAUAAUUUACCAAGUUUGUCUAUUUAUAAUUUUUGAUUUACAAUUUUUAAUUUUUAAUCUUCGAUUUUCAAUUAAAACUAACAAAAAUUCAAUUUUGAUAAAAAUUUCAAAAUUUGAACAAAUAAAUUCUCUCACGUGUAAAAAAUACUACACAUCUUUCUAAAUGUGCUUCAAUGUUUAUUCAAACCUGGUUGUGAUUUAAUGCGCCAGUUAGACCAAAGAAUACAAUAAUUAUAAGGGCGAUUACUCAUUGGAUUCUGAUUUCAAUAAAUCACCAAGUAGCAAAUACAACUCAACUAACAACAAAUUAGAACAAAGCUUUAACAGGUCCACGCCUCGUCUUAUUUAUUCUGGCUCCAUAAAUUCUCCCCAAAAUAAUAAAUAUUUGAGCUCAAUUCAUUCAACUUCGUCAGCCUUUAUACAUCAAAGUCCAAACUCCGAUAUAUCACCUUUCUCAAGGAGCGAUUUUAGAAUUCCACCUUAUCCAAGGGAAGAUAUAAGUCCGUCACAAUAUUCAAACCAGGAUAGCAAAAUUACUAGAGAAAGAUCUUACGUCUUUCCUUCAGUUGGCAGAAGUGGCAGAUCUAGCACUUGCAAUGUAACUAUUCCAUUAGAAUUUGAUUAUUGUACUUCGAACUCUCCAUUCAAUAGUCAUAAUCAUUUUGUAAACACAACUGAGUUAAACACCAACAAAAUUAACAAUACAAACAAAGAUUCAAAUAUAAUUAAAGAGUUGGAAUCGCAAACUAUGGAGGAUAAAACGGAUGAAGAUAAUUUAUUGUACGAAGCAGGUCGGGAUUUAUUAUUGGCGCCAGAAUUUGCGUCUGACGAACGAACCCGGAGGUUCCUGUCCUUAUCUAGGGAACUUUACGUAGCCAUGAUAGGCGUCCAGCUUGUAUAUAUACUAACGGCUUUGCUUUUCGGUAACGUUGCUCUCUCCAUAAUUGUUACUCUGUUAAUGAUACAAAGCUGUUUUUGUCAUGCUGAUGGCAGGCCCGUCGCCUAUAUUGUUAACGCUUUUCUCUCUCUUGCCAUCAACAUUAUAAUAAUUAUAUCCCUAGCACAGGAUGUAUCGGGACUGGAACCCUUUAGAACUGAGCCAGUACUGAAGACCCUUUCCUACGUUUACGUACCAAUUUGUUUUUUGUUCACCGCACUUUCAGUAUUUUUGGCAUUCGGCUUUAGGAGACUGAGGAAUAGUGAAAAGAAAACAAUAGUUAAUGCAACAAAUAACCUCUUAGGGAAACAUUAUCACGUUGAUCAAACUAACUUAACUGUUAAACCAAAGUGAUGUAAUAUACUACUAUACUAA